CACGAAACUAGAUGGCGUUGUUAAAAUACGUCACAAUGUACAUCGCGGUGUUAAGAUUCUCCGUCGAUACACCUACCCCAUUCGAAAUUUUUGUGUUAGUUUGAGUUUGGCAUUGAUUAGCAAUAAAUUUACUAGUCCCUACAUGGACUCUCAGUGUUUCUCUCACUUACCCCCAGUGCUCGUAAAUAAAAGUACAUGGUCCUAUCGAGCCGGAUUAUAAGUGUUGAGUGCUAGUGAGUUCCAGUAGUGAAGUGAAUCUUGGCGUGGAAACCAGGGUGGAUUGCCCUGAAGCGCCGCAUACCCAAGCUGGUGUGCACAGUGAGUGGUGAGCAGUGCUGCAGCAGCAGAGUUGGCGAGCACCAGCACCAGGAGUACGGCGCAGGGCGGAGGAAUCAUCAUACGGCAUCAGCUGUGUGAGGCGCAGGGCGGAACGAGUCCGUCUGCGCGAGAGUGGAGUUUUUUCACCUGGGCAUCCCACACCCAGGAGAAGCAGUACGUCAGUGAAGUGAUAGUGCAUAGUGCGGUUUGUCGAAGAAAAAUCGUGAGUACAUUAUUGUUAUUUUAUACUGGCACGUCGGGUUUCUGAACAUAACAGAAAGUCACAUCUGAGAAGAAUUUAUCUGAACUUAUAAAAUUUAUUGUGUAUAUUAUUUGAACUUUCAUUAUUAAUUACUCAUAAUUUCUAACUACUUAUUCAUUAAUUGUUUGUGAUAUCGUGUGUCAAUAGAAUUGUAAUCGUUAUAAAAUUUUACUUUAACGGUUUGCGAUCAAUAAUUGUCUUUGGUAGAAAAAUUAGUAGUUUGGUAGAAAUUUUUAGUAGAAUUUAAAGAAACAUGGAGGCUUUAUAUAAAUUACAAAAUAACACUAAAAAUCUCAUAGAAAAAGCACAGAUUAACUUCAAAAAGGCCCCUAAGGAUAGAAUCAGUAAAAAUUAUGUAGAAACCAGACUUGAAUCUCUAGAAAAUCUGUGGAAAGACUUUGUAGCCACACAUAGAAAUAUAAUUCAGAGUGCUACGGACACUCAAGAAAAAUGUGAUAAAUAUUUUAUAGAUGAUAUUUAUGAUACCACUGAAGAAACAUACAUAUAUCAUAAAUGUCAAUUAAAGGAAAGUUUGAAUAAAUUUAGCAUUAAUUAUAGUGACGAAAAGGGUACAAAGACAAAUUUUGAUCACGCAACCACAAAUGUUAGAUUACCAAAAAUCAAUAUUCCUAAGUUUUCGGGUAGUUAUACGGAAUGGACAACAUUCAGAGAUUUAUUUACAACGUUGAUACACAAUAAUUCAAAUUUAGAAAACGUACAAAAAAUGCACUAUUUAAAAGGUUUGUUGUCUGGAGAGGCCGAGCAGCUGGUCAGGCAUGUUGCGGUCUCCUCCGACAAUUAUGAGGAAUGUUGGUCUUUGUUACAUAGCAGAUACAAUAAUAAGCGAUUUUUGUCUAACAGUUUGUUAAAACGAUUACUAAGUCAAAACAAUAUAGUAGAAUGUGCAACUAGUGUUAAAAACUUAUUGGAUACCACAAUGGAAUGCAUAAAUGGUUUAAAGAAUCUCGGUGUUGACAUCAGUACUUGGGAUACUAUUGUUAUUUACAUUGUUAGCUCGAAACUCGAUCCUGAAUCUCGAAAGCAAUGGGAAACUAAAAUUUGCUCAAGUGACGAGUUACCAGUGCUUUCAGAGUUCAGAGAUUUUUUAGAAUCCAGAUUCCGUGCUCUCGAAUUUUUAGACACCAAGGUAAUUAAGCCAAAACCUAAGGUUCACCAUGUAAUUAGUAACAACAAAUCUAGUGACAGUUGUCUAUUUUGUAAUGAAAGUCACAAAAUAGCAAAUUGUAAAAAGUUUGCACAAGAAAGUUACGAAACUCGUCAUAGCUUUGCACAAUCCAGGCGCUUGUGUUAUAAUUGUUUAAAUUCAAACCACUCCAUUAAGUUUUGUAGACAAUCGUCGUCGUGUCGUAUUUGCAAACGUAGGCAUCAUUCACUGCUUCAUCCUUCGAUGUCAAACUCCACCGAAGCUAGUAAGGGCUCAAAUACAGUUGAAUUAGUUAAAUCAGCCGUCUCAAAUGUUAAGGCAUCGUUAUUAGAAGGCGAUCCAUCGACUUCUAACAUAGUUUCGCAUUUUUCUAAAGGGUCAGUACCUACUCAAGUUUUGUUGGCUACCGCUCUUGUCGAAGCACAGACAAGAAGUGGUUCUACACAACUGCUGAGAGUGCUAUUAGAUCAAGGAUCUCAGGCUUCAUUCAUAGCAGAAUCAGCAGUGCAGCUACUUGGACUUAGGAAGAAACCGACGAAAUCGGUAAUAUCUGGUUUAGGCGGUGAGAGAAGCUCUUUUGCUUCAAAGUUCACAGUCACAAUGACUAUUCACUCACGCUUAGAUCCCAGUUUUAGUGUCCAAGUAGAAGCGUUCGUACUAGGUACCAUUACUUCGCUUUUACCCUCAGAGAAAUUAGAGCAAUCUUAUUGGCCCGAGCUACAGGGGAUAACCUUAGCUGAUCCCGAAUUCCAUAUUCCAAGUAAGAUAGAUAUCUUACUUGGUGCGGAAAUAUAUAGUAAAGUUCUAAGAGAUGGUUUAAUUCAAGGAUCACCCAACCUACCAGUAGCCCAGAAUACUGCGUUAGGAUGGAUCCUUUCUGGACAAGUCGCGUCCAACAGUAGUUCCAUUCAUUGUCAUCAUGUCAUUCAAAGCAGCUCAGAUCAGGCUGAUGACAACGCACUUUUGCGACGGUUUUGGGAAAUAGAAUCUGUUAUCCCUGAAAAGAAAAUCCUUUCAGUGGAAGAGCAGCGAUGCGAGGAUAUUUUUUCACAAACUACUAACCGUGAUGAGGAGGGUCGUUAUGUUGUUAAUCUUCCCUUUCGCGAUCUAGAUCCUCAGUGUCAAUAUGGAAGGUCAAGAGACCUAGCGAUAAAAAGGUUUAAAAUUCUUGAAAACAAGUUCAAUAGAGAGCCAUUACUUAGGGUCCGAUAUUCCGAAGUUAUAAAGGAGUAUAUUAGCCUUGGUCACAUGGUACCAGUACACGAUGAUAAACCUACAGCUGUUUAUCUACCGCAUCAUGCCGUGGUCCGUGAAGAUAAGACCACGACCAAAGUCAGAGUAGUUUUCGAUGCGUCAAUGAAAGGGGCAAAUGGGGUAUCGCUCAAUGACGAUCUUAUGGUGGGUCCCCCUUUGCAACCCCCUUUACGUCACCUCAUCAUGGCAUGGAGAAUGCACCCCAUAAGUCUUUGCGCCGAUAUUGUAAAAAUGUAUAGGCAAAUAAAGAUUUCUCCAAUGCACACGGAUUUUCAGCGAGUAGUGUGGCGCGACGAUCCAGCAGCUGAAAUAAAGGUAUACAAAUUAGUACGGGUUACGUUUGGUACAGCGUCAGCUCCUUACCUUGCAGUUAAAUGCUUACAGCAGAUUGCGGCCGAUGAAGGUCAAAGUUAUCCUGAAAUAGUCAACAUAAUUAAAAGGGAGUUUUAUGUGGAUGAUUUAAUGACAGGGUGUCAGACUGUUGAAGAAGGAUUUCACAUUUUUGAGAAAUUAACGGAGUUGCUCUCCAAAGGUCAAUUCCAACUACAGAAGUGGGUAAGCAGCUGCGACAAAUUGAACAAGAGGAUUCAAGCGUGUUCUGGAACUAAUAUACCACCGGAAGAGAAAAAGGAUAUUAAGCUGGACUCAGUCAUGAAAAUCUUAGGUAUUUCAUGGGAUCGAGAGAAUGAUGAAUUUAAAUAUUCAAUACAGCUUGAUCCUCAACAAACUCCAAUUACCAAGAGACGGGUAAUAUCCGAUAUUGCUCGUUUGUUCGAUCCACUCGGCUGGGUCGCACCUUGUAUCAUCACCGCAAAGAUCUUCAUUCAAAAGCUUUGGCUUGCGGGCCUGGAAUGGGAUGAAGAAUUGACUCCGGAACUUUCAUCAGAAUGGGAAACUUACCGCUCGAGUCUUGUGGAAACAAAGAAGUUAAGCAUUCCUAGAUGGGUUCACACGCGUUCCGAUGAUUUAAAUGUCGAGCUGCAUGGAUUUUGCGAUGCAUCGAUUGCGGCCUAUGCAGCCGUGGUGUAUGUUAGAGUCAUCGAUGCUCACAAAUCUAUCCAUGUUGGUUUGAUCACUUCUCGAACUAAAGUUGCACCAGUGAAGCAACAGUCAAUUCCGCGUUUAGAGCUGAUGGGAGCAGUAUUACUUUCCGAGCUCAUUACUGAAGUUGCUCAAGUAAUGAGAAUCGCAUCCCAUCAAAUACACGCUUGGACUGAUUCUUCAGUGGUUCUAGCAUGGCUUAGUAAGCAUCCCAGCACCUGGACAACGUUUGUUGGAAACAGAGUGUCCACCAUACUGUCUCAAAUUGACAACUCACAUUGGGCUCAUGUCCAAUCUACGCAUAAUCCUGCAGAUUUAGCAUCCAGAGGCGUGACACCACAAGAACUUGUUGGCAGCUCGCUGUGGAGUCAAGGACCCUCAUGGCUGCGUAAUGAAAUCAUCGAAUACACAAGACCAACGUCAAUCAGCACUAAGGCAGAACAAAGGUCAAUUAAGGUUCACGUCGCAACCGAAUCAUCGCAGGAAGAUCUCAUUUGGACGAGGUAUUCAUCGUUUCAAAGGUUAAUUCGGGUUAUGGGAUACUGUAGAAGAGUUUUGAGUUGGAGGAAACAGUUCAAUGGUGAAAGGAGAUUGGAAAAGUAUCUAACCAAGGAGGAAAUACUAGAAGCUACAAAAACAUGUAUAAAACUGGUUCAGAAUAAAGAGUUUUUCGAAGAAAUGAAAGACAUAAGAAAGACAGGAAGUGUGAAGGCGAAAAGCAAGCUCAAGAGUCUUUGUCCAAUUAUCGAUGAAGAAGGCAUUCUUCGAGUAAACGGACGCAUUAAUAACGCCGAUUUAGAUGAAGCUGUCAAACACCCUAUCAUACUACCGCCUAACAGUCACUUCACCGAUCUCGUAAUCGAUGAAACCCACAAAAGAACCUUGCAUGGAGGACCAACACUAAUGUUGAGCCACCUGCGUACUAAGUAUUGGAUUCCUUCUGCCAAGGCAAAGGUCAGGGCUUACGUGCACAAAUGCGUACGUUGCAAGCGGUACUCAGCGUCUGUUCAAAUCCCACUUAUGGGUCAAUUACCAUCUAGUCGAGUCACUCCUGCAAGACCGUUCCUUAACAGUGGUGUGGACUUUGCUGGUCCCAUCAACAUCCGAACCUCGAAGGGUCGAGGCCAUCAAUCAUAUAAGGGUUACAUAUGUGUCUUUGUAUGCAUGGUGACUAAGGCUAUUCAUUUAGAAGUCAUCAGUGAUUUAACGUCCCAAGGGUUUAUCGCUGGAUUUAAGAGAUUUGUAGCUCGGCGAGGUUUUGUCAGUAACAUCUGGAGCGACAAUGGAACCAAUUUUGUUGGCGCGUCCAAGGAGCUUCGGCAUUUAGUCGCUGCUGAAAAAUCUUCGGUAGCUGUAGAAAUUAGAGAGUGGUUGGGUAAUAAUUCCACAUCUUGGCAUUUCAUUCCGCCUCACUCCCCAAAUUUCGGUGGCUUAUGGGAGGCUGGUGUGAAAUCGACCAAAUUCCAUUUGAAACGUGUAAUAGGUAAUUCCACGCUCACAUUCGAAGAGAUGACAACACUUUUAGCUCAAGUAGAAGUUUGCCUAAAUUCUAGGCCGCUAUCCAUGUUACCUGAUAGUUCCUCAGAUCCUACUCCAUUAACUCCCGGUCAUUUCUUGAUAGGGGAGCCUCUGAUAACGGUGCCUGAGCGUAGUUAUGACCAAUCUAACAUUAGUAAUUUGAGACGUUGGCAAGUCACACAACGCAUGUUGCAAGAUUUUUGGAAGCGAUGGGCAGAUGAAUAUCUAGUACAUUUGUUGCAACGUUAUAAAUGGACAAAAUUUAGUCCAGAACCAAACAUAGGAGAUGUAGUCUUAGUAAAGGAGGAUAACUUGCCUCCUGCGCGUUGGCUUUUGGGAAAGAUUGAAGACAAGCAUCCUGGUUUGGAUAAAGUUACACGAGUAGUAACUUUAAAAUGUAAUGGUUCUUUGAUAAAGCGACCUACUUCAAAAUUGUGUAUUUUGCCAAUUGCAGGCUAAUGUGUGUGCUUUAUAAGUAAGUUUAAUUUUAAGGAGUGUUUUUAU